GGGGAGGGGGCGGCCAGGAUGCCUUUGCGGACCGACUAGGAAGCGGCGCACCUGUCAUGCGGAAAUGCACAACCCAAAAGCGGGGACAGCGGGGACUCGCGGCGCUUCUACGCGUCUUUAAACUUAAUAAAAACAUCUGCGACAAAACAGUUGUCUUUCCCUUUAAUUAAGUAACGCAACUGCCAAAUAUUUUCAAUUCGUCUUGCUACGAAUAGUUUACGUUGUUCCGGAUAUAGAUUAUACGUUUGCAUAGUUUGAAAUAAAUGACAGUAGGUUUACACGAAACUUUUCCCUGUCUGCUGGGUGUGUUGUGGAAACGCGUCCAGAUCUCCAGUGCUGGGAGUCUGAUCUGACUAUCUGGCAGGCAUGUCCCCGUCAGUGCGGCUACAGGAGAUGAUCCGUGUGAUCCGAAGUGCUCGGACCCAGUGCGAAGAGCGCGGAGUCAUCCAGAAAGAGUGCGCAGCCAUCAGGGCGCAGUUCCGGCAGGCAGACAAUGGGGGACGCUCUCACAAUUUGGCCAAGCUGCUUUACGUGCACAUGCUAGGCUACCCCGCCCACUUUGGACAGAUGGAGUGUGUGCGACUGAUCGCUAGCCCUAGGUACAGCGAGAAGCGGGUGGGCUACCUGGGAGCCAUGAUGCUGCUGGAUGAGAAGCAAGACGCUAGCCUGCUCAUCACCAACUCCAUCAAGAAUGACCUGUCUCACAGCAGCCCAUACGUCCAGUCCCUGGCUCUCUGCACGCUGGCCUGCAUGGGCUCUGCUGAGAUGUGCCGUGACCUGGCUCCGGAGAUCGACCGGCUUCUCAAGACAGCCAACGCCUAUAUCAAAAAGAAGGCGGCGCUGUGUGCCGUCCACAUCGUGAGGAAAGUCCCAGAACUGGCAGAACUCUUCAAUACUGCUGCUCGGGCUCUGCUGACUGAGAAGAACCACGGUGUUCUCCAUGGAGCUGUCGUUCUCAUCACAGAGCUGUGUGAACGAAACCCCAGCGCACUCCCUCACUUCCGCAAGAUAGUGCCCGAUCUGGUCCACAUAAUGAAGGGCCUGGUGAUGUCUGGUUACUCGCCGGAGCACAACGUGGCUGGGAUCAGUGACCCUUUUCUUCAGGUGCGUAUCCUGCGACUGCUGAGGAUUCUCGGCCGUCACGACGACGAGGCGAGCGACGCCAUGAAUGACCUGCUGGCCCAGGUGGCGACAAACACGGACAGCAGUAAGACUGCAGGCAGCGCUGUGCUGUACGAGACUGUUCUCACCAUCAUGGACAUCAACUCCGAGUGUGGCCUGCGGAUUCUGGCCGUGAACAUUCUGGGGCGAUUCCUCCUGAGCAAUGACAGGAACAUACGCUACGUGUCCAUGAUGUCGCUGCAGAAGAUCGUACAGACAGACCACAACGCCGUUCAGAGGCACAGGGGGACCAUUGUGGACUGUCUGAAGGAUCAGGACGCGUCCGUGAAACGGCGGGCUCUGGAGCUGUCCUUGGCUCUGGUUUCGGCCGCCAACAUCCGCUCGCUGAUGAAGGAGCUGCUCCUCUUCCUCUCUUGCUGCCCCCCCGAGCUGCGGGCGCAGACGGCUUCGGGGAUCUUCAACGCCGCCGAGAGGUUUGCCCCCUCUCAGCGCUGGCACAUCGACACCGUCUUGCAUGUCCUCACGACGGCAGGGGGCGACGUAAGGGAUGAAAUGGUGCCCAGUUUGAUCCAGCUCAUCACCACAGCAACGGAGCUCCACUGCUACACCGUGCACAAACUGUACCGUGCACUGGUGGCAGACAUUUCACAGCAAUCUCUGGUGCAGGUGGCUUGCUGGUGUAUUGGGGAGUACGGCGACCUGUUGCUGCGAGGAGAGUGUGAGGAGACGGAGCCCGUGCAGGUGACAGAAGACGAUGUUCUGGACGCCCUGGAAACAGUCCUGCAGUCUCACAUGUCGGCCCCGACGACCAGGGGCUUCGCGCUCACGGCCACCAUGAAGCUGAGCACACGCAUCUCGCGCAAUGUGGACCGCAUCAGAAGCAUCGUUAGCAUUUAUGGAAGCUGCAUUGACGUGGAGCUCCAGCAGAGGGCAGUAGAAUACAACGCACUCUUCAAAAAAUAUGACCACAUGAGGGCUGCCGUGCUGGAGCGGAUGCCCGUGAUUGACAAGAGCUCCCCAGGACAUGACAAUGGGGAGCCGGCGGUGAUCCAGGGGCCAGACAAAACCAAGAACAACCCAGUGAUAACUUUGACCCAAGAGCCAACAAAUCAGGCCCGUGACCUGUUGGACCUUCUAGGAGGUUCUGAUGAACCAGCGCAGCCUAGCACCGUGCCGCCCACACCUGCAGCGCCCGUCCCUGAUUCCGGAAGUGCUGGGGGGGACUUGCUAGACCUACUGGGGGGAUUGAAUCCUAUACCAGACCCCAGUGCUACAAUAUACGAGCAGAACGGCGUGACUGUCAAACUGCGCUGUGAUAGGCAGACUGAUGUGGGCGUCACCGCCACGCUCAUCGCCUCCAACGCCACGGACAGUGACAUCACACAGUUCACCUUGCAGGCAGCGGUGCCCAAGUGUGUUCAGUUACAGAUGAGGGCGCCCAGUGGGGAUGUGCUUCCGGCUCGGGGAGCCGGUCAGGUGACCCAGACUGUCCACCUCAACAAUCCCAACAAGGUGAGUUUGCGGAUGCGGAUCCGGAUCUCGUACUGCAGUGGAGGCUCGACGUGCCAGAACACCGUGCAGGUGGACUCCUUCCCCGCCUCAGCGAGCCACUGACACACUUGUGUCCAAAAGCCGGCCCGGCAGCUUGCAACGUCGCAGUAUUUCUGGUAGCUGUGCGGUCAAGCAGACUGUCGUGGAUCAACGCAGACCUGGGGCAUUCCAAUUCCGACAUCCCUCCUGGGCUCCUGUCAGUCUUGCAAUCUCUGUCAGCCACCAACAUUAAUCUCACCUUGCAGAGUCAGACAUUAUGCUCUUGAUACUUUAUGUACGUUAUGUAAAUUUCCCAUAAAGCUCGACUUCUUUCUCUCUUGGGGGGCUGUGCACUGUGGCUAUUAGCAGGGGGUGUGACUGGCCCAACUACUUUCAGGAAAACUCCAACAGAGGAACUGUAACAGGGCUGAGAAUCGGAAUCUAAUUCUCAGAUAGCAAGUUAGCUGAAAGAAUCUGUGCAAUUUCGGUUAAUCUAACAACUAAUGAAGGCUAAUUCUUUGAGAUCAGGGUGACCAAACAAUCCAGCCAACAAGACACAAAAUUGCCCACCCCAGUCCUCUGAUCGUAUAAAAAGUCUCAUUGACUCAAACCUUUUGUCAUGCAUUUCUGCUUAUCCUGAUUUUUUUCUGUACUUCCUGCUUGUAGUGCACUAAGGUGUCCUGUUUUAUACAGGGAGGGGCCAGCCUCUGCUGCAUGAUUUUAUAGCAGCAAGUGCCAAAAAAACAGAGCACAGACAAAUUCCAGCUUUUAUGUAAUCCAAAAAAAAAUGUAUUUUUAAAAUCCAGUAGGUGGAAAAGGUCACUUUCCCUUCUUUAAUGUUAAAGAUCAUUGGUCAAUUACUAGUCACAAAUUGAUGUUUAUGAUACUAACGUGAAUUACAUAAGGCCUUGCCACGUUAUUCUUGUGUGCUAUGUGUUUGGCCACGUAUUCGGAACCCCCAGCUGCCUUGGGCCCGUCUCCUUCCUUGGUCUUUGUGUGUACUGGUCUGCCUGGGACUGUGGUAUUAAUGAAACCUGGGGUGGUUCUGUCUGUGGAUGAUGUGAAUGUGUGUGUCCCCCCCCGUCCAAUUCCACCCAUUCUGUCCCAGUGCAUUAAUAUACUGAAAGGUCACAAUUGUAUGGGAAGCUAUUUUAAUUUUCUCGAGAUGUGUUCUCGAAUCUCUCAUACUAAUGUAUGUGUUCUCAAUAUACAGCGAGAGCCUUCCCUCUCACGGGGAAGCUGCAAUAUGGUAAGACAGUACUUCAUCACGUGAAUCUUUGAAAAGAGUUUUCAAUCUCUUGAUUAUUGGAAGGGAAAGCUAAUUUGGUUUGAACUUUUAUCCUUCUCUCUCUCAAGUCUUUUUAUAUUGUGUUACCUGAAAAAUCUGUGUGUCGUGUAUAAAAUGCAAUCUCCACCUUAUUGACAAACUGAGGACGUAUUCUGAAAAGAUGUUAUACAUUUUUUCCGUGAAAUAUUCAGAAACACAGGGAAACAUUAGCAAUCAAAUGAAAUUAAUAAGGUGGUGCAAGGAAGGUUUGAAAUUUUUUUAAUAAAAGGAUAAAUUAAUCCAACGCUGUCUUGCUAGCAUUUCGUAUCUUGAAAGACUGCACAAUGCCUCACUGCUGGAUCUCACAAACUUAU